AGUCCACGCCGUGAUUGGUUAAGACGAGUGUCAAUUGCAGAUUGUUUGGCAGGUGAUCGACUUUCGUGACAGAAUGGAGCAGAAGGGACGGAGAGAAGGUAAACUUUGCGUCUCGUUACGAAGUUAUGGUGUGGAAGUAAACUAGAAAGGGACUAUUUCUAAGAUGGAAAGUACAGUUCAGAAGCGUGGAAAGAGAAGAGAAGAUGGCCUAGGGACUGCAGUAGAUUUCCUGCUUGCUAAUGCCAGACUGGUGCUUGGGGUCGGCGGUGCAGCCAUGCUUGGUAUUGCAACCCUGGCUGUGAAACGGCUUAUGGACCGAGCAGGUGGCCCAGCAGAUGGGGAUGAAAAACCAGACCAGAAGAGUAUCACUGAGAGCUGGGAAGAACUGGGUCUGGUAGGCGCAUCACCAAAGCUACUUCGGAAGGAGCUGGAGAGUGCAGUCAUGAAAGCAACGUCCACUCCUAUUAAAAUGGUUAAAAGACAGGAUUCUAAGCAGUCUGCCACAGUCGAAAGUCCAAAGUUAAAGCUCAAAAAAGUUCAGCUCAUCCUCACUCUCCAGGAGAAAAUUCUGCAGUACAUCCAAACUCAUGUUACAGUGGCAGAAGAAGAGGUGAGCCAUGCAAAACAGCAGGCCAUGGCAAUCUGCACGGAAAUGCAAGAGUUUAUUCGUAACAAACACCCAGAUAUGCCACUGGGGGAGAUGAACUUGGGCGGUUCGCUCUUCCAUGACCUUCAGGUUGCAACUGUAAGUCACGUGUGUCUUUUGUUGCCUUUGUCUAUUGAGGAGAAGUUGUGGAAUUUUAUCCCGGGAGACCAGACUAUCCUUAACAUUCCUCAUCUUUGGCUUGUUAGACGGACCAGCCUGGAAUAUUUUCCUCGGGGCAGUAGCUACUGGGACAGAUUCACCGUUGGGGGGUACCUUUCGUCAAAGCUGGUUAAUGAAACCCUGUAUAAGAUGGUGAUGGAGCUGAUGAAUUGGCCGUCCAUCGGCAGCAUGCUUGAUUGUAUUAUCAGGCCUGUGAUGGGGAAUCGGGAACUGAAGCUUGAACUUCAGAAAGAGCAAAGACAACUUUUCAUUAACAUCGUGCCUACAAUGACCAUGAACAAUACAGUACUUACUCUUCAGGAAAGGGAAAAUGAUGGUUUUGAGAAUCUAUGGUGCCAAAGUUUUUAUACUGCUGAGAACACCAAGCUUCAGGAUCUGGAUACUUCAGAUCAGGGAUUUAGAAGAUGCUGUCUAAAAAUCUUCAAAGCUAUCUGCAAAGGAAACCCGGCUCUGCGAAAGCUCACCAGCAGUCACCUUGCUGAUACCAUACUUCACCUCAGUGAAGCUGAAUCUAACUGGGCAGAAACUGAUCUGGCUGACCGAUUUCAACAAAUUAUCAGAACACUAGUGGGCUACAUGGAGGAAGGCUUCCUUCCUAGCUACUUUAAUGCUUCUGUAAACUUAUUAUCUGAUCUCUCUGAAGAAGAUAUUGAUGAAAUUGGGUACACUUUGUAUUGCGCUUCUUGUGACCCAGACUUUUUGCUUCAACGAUGAACAUGAGUUGCCAGAUACUUUUUAAGAAACUGGAGGACAUGUGUAGCUGUGGCACUUUAAACACUGGAUUGCUUCACUUGCAAACACGCCUUUCCUUUUAUGUGACACUUUCAGUGAGAAAACUGGAGAUGAAAUAUUGCUGAUGGUCUAUAUUUUAAGAAUCUGUUGUCAGGCCUGAAUAUAGACCUAUGAUGGGCGUAGGGGUAGUAAACAUAUGGCAGAACAACAUCCUGUGCCCCAUUGCCAACACCCUUGAAUAUUUCUCUUCAUGUCUGCUGACUUAUAAAACACAUUACAGAAAUCUGUGUGAAGCAGAUUGUUCACACGGCACGUUCUUUGAGCCUUAAAACAGCAAUGCACAGAAAAUACUUUCUUCACGUUUUAAUAUGAAUGUGUACACAGUUUAGUGCACUUUUUUAGCAAAAGCAUGUUUUUGUGUAGUACACUGAUUAUUAUGAAAUGCGUGUUGCAAGUUUUUAAUAAGUUUAAAAAUAAGUGCUAAAUGUGCUCAAUGCUGAGUAUUUUUAAAAGCAAAUAUUGUCAAUAAAGAUUUACUUCUCUAAA